UUACAACGUGGCUUUUUGGUUAUGCAAUUCCCACGAUUCUGGCUUUCAAGAAAGCGGCAGAAUCACUUGAGAAGGUUAUGGAUACAGCAAGAGAGGAACUUCCUGAUACCAUGGCUGCAGUUAAAUUAUCAGCCAUGGAAAUCAGUGACUUAACCACCGAGCUCACUGAUUUUGGACAAGAGAUUACCCAAGGUGUUAGAAGCUCCACUCGCGCGGUUCGCUCGGUGGAGCAGGGGCUUCGCGGUUUGACCACUAUGCCUUCUUCUUCAGCUUCUUUGCAGGGAAUGGAAUACAGCCCCUAUACUGAGGCUGAUUCGGGUGCACUUUCGGUGGGAAGAAAUGCAAGGGGCAUGAAAGAGGGUAUUAUUAAGGGUCGUUCUAUGUUGAAGAUGUUUUUCUCCCUUGCCAAAUUUUCAAGUUUUGCUCUCAACUUCAUCACCAGACGUGGAAAAAGGUAGAGGUAGAGGCAGAGGCAGAGAAGUUGCUUGAUUUCUUCAGUGGGAGCCCUGAGCAGCACCAAGAUAAUAAGAGGUGUUUUGGAGCCGAUAGUUACUUUGCAAGAUCUGGAACAAAAACCGCAACCGGUGACAAUGCUUUACAAGAUCUGCCAAAAGAAUGGUAAAAAAGUUGACAUAGAACAACAGAGAAA